AUGUCGUGGGAGCUCACUCGACGACGCCUCACCCGGGCUGUCAACAGCAAGUUCAUCUAUGACCGCGUGCCACUCCUCCAUGCGAUAAUCUUCCUGACCGAAAUGGCCAUCAUAGCGCGGCUCGUCUCGCGCUUCAACAGCUACUAUGACCAACGACCGGUUCUCACAAUGAUGGUGACCAAUGCCGUUCUCGGUGGUGUCGCCGAUACUGUUGCACAAACCAUCACAUCCGUUCGCCAGCGCGCUGUGCGAAAGCCAGGUGGUCCGGGCAAGAACGACACAUUCGCUAUUGAGAUCCACGAGCUCGACCGCAAAAACCCAAUGAGCGACCAUGAUCUGGUCCCAAACUCGAAGGCUCUACCGCCACCCUUUGACUUUGAGCGACUGACGAGGUUCGCGGCCUAUGGUUUCUGCAUGGCGCCCCUUCAGUUCAAGUGGUUCAGUUUCCUGUCCCGAGCUUUCCCCGUUUCCAAGGAUUCUGCACUCGGCCCGGCAAUGAAGAGAGUCAUAUUCGACCAGCUCGUGUUCGCGCCGUUUGGUCUUGCAGUCUUCUUCACCGUCAUGACCGUGGCUGAGGGUGGUGGCAAGCGAGCUGUCACCAACAAGCUUCGGGACAUGUAUGUGCCUACUCUCAAGGCCAAUUACUUGGUGUGGCCCGCCGUGCAGAUCAUCAACUUCCGUUUGAUGCCCGUGCAAUUUCAGUUGCCAUUCGUGUCUACUGUCGGUAUCGCGUGGACGGCGUACUUGUCGCUCACCAACUCGUCCGAGGAGGCGGAUCAGAAGGUUCAUGAGCCCAACUCGAACAUCCGCCUACAGUAA